AUGCCAGUCCACCCAGCUGAAGAGACCACUUCCGGCAGCAUCACGGACCAGGUUGCAAAGGAGUCCAAGGACUCGAAUGCCUCUACCCACCAGUUACACCAGGAGGAUAACCAGGCCACAAGUGGCGGCUCCGUUGCCGCCAACGCACACAAGGCCAACCCGGGCCCUGUACAUGCUGAUAACCUGCCUGAGCCGGCAAGUAAGGAGGAGCUCAAGAAGAGGGCCGAGGAGCUCAACAAGUAA